AUGCCCUGGCGCCCCGUCCUCCACCUCGACUUCCCCAUCUGGAGCGGGGAAGAGGAGCCAGAUCCCGCGCCGCCCCGCGCCCCUGACGCCGGCGCCCGUCCCCGGCGCCACCCCGACGCCCCACCUCAUCGCUCGCUGGACUGCCCCGCCCCGCCUCUCCUUCGCCGGACCGCCCCGUUCCCCCGCCUCUGCUUCACCCAGCGCCGCCGGACGUCCUCCCCGACCUCCUCCCCGCGGCUCUCCACCGUGCCUUGCCGCCUCCGCUCCCCGUCAACGGCCGUGAGUCGCCGUUCCGCUCCUCCUCUCCUCCUCGCGGUCGCCGCGCACCGUGCGCCCACACCCGCGCCGGCCGCACCCAUCACUGCCGUGCGCACCCACUCCCUCUGGCUCUGGCGACCUGCGCCCCUGCCCCCACCACUCGCUACAGCCGCCACCCGCUGCUGCUGCCAUCUGCUGCUCCGGUCGUCGUCACGCUGCUCCUGGCCGCCGGCGCUCGCGCCCGCACGCCCCGGGCUCCGCUCCGCUGCAGCCCCGGUUAGCCCGCGCCUGGUAGCCCUGGUGGCUCGGAUGAGCCAACGACAAACGGGGCCCAGCCCUAGAAUGAUAAAGAAAAGGAGAUUUAAAAAAAAGAAUUAA